AUGACGCAGUUAAUUACUCAUGCUGAUGCAUCUGUUGUAAAUCUCACAGCAAAGGAUUGUCUUACUAGUUGUUUCAAAUGCUUGAAAAUAGGACAUAGUUAUAAGAGAUGUCGCAGCAAAGAAAAAAUGCCCGUGGUGUGGAAGAGGACAUUGCUUUUUGAUGUGUCGAGAUUUGGCAAGCAAAACAUACAGAUGCGAUUUCAUCGCCUUGCAACAGGAUGUUUGCCAGAAUGUUCCAGGGUAAUCCGUGGUCCAUGGAUGGAUGUACUCAAAGGAAAGGAUGUGCAUCUAAGUGAUACGGGUGAAGACAAAGAACCCAUUUCAUUGUUGAUUGGAGCAGACGUCGCUGGAAAGAUUUUUACGGGUAAUGUUCUUCAAAUCAACCAAGGCAUAACGGCUCUCGAAACGAAGUUUGGUUGGACAAUUUUGGGCAAGAAUUUAGAUGACAGUGAGACCAAUGAAGCUUUGAUGGCAUUACCGACUCCUUGGAAAGCGUUACAAAGGAAGUACGUCAAACUAAAAUCAGAGUUUCAAGAAAGGACGAGAAUCAACCAGGAAGGUCUUUACGAAGUCCUUUUGCCUUGGAAAGAAAAUCAUCCAACUUUGCACGACAAUAGAGAUUUAGCUGAGAAGAGAUUGAACUACGUUACAAAAAAACUACGGCACCAGAACCUAUUUGACAACUACAAUACAGUUCUGAAUAAUUGGCUCACCGAGGAGGCCAGUCUAGAGGCUAGUCCCAACCUUAUUGAACUCAUUUCGACACAACUCCAUAGGUUUCGAGAAAAGAAGAUAGGUGUUACCGCGGAUAUUACAAAGGCUUUUCUACAGAUCAGUGUCUCGUUUUCAGAUAGGGAUGUGUUGAGAUUUCUCUGGUGGAACACCGAUGGAAAUAUAGUGACAUACCGACAUCGUCGAGUCGUCUUCGGUGUGACAAACAGUCCAUUUUUACUGGAAGCCACCCUAGAAUUACAUAUUAAGAAGACUUUGAGUUCCAAUGUUUUGCCAUACGAACGCUCAAUCUGUGAAAAAUUGGAAAAAUCCUAUUACGUUGACGACUGUGUCACCAGUGUCGACUCAUAUACUGGAAUGAAUCCGGAUAAUCGAUCUAUAGUGCUCGGACUUGUCUGGGACACCGGAAGCGAUACACUCUCGUUGUCGGGUUUUCCCUCGCAACUAGUUUUGGAAAAAAUAACAAAAAGGGUCAUUCUAUCUUACGCUCAAAAAGUACUUGAUCCUCUCGGAUUUAUAUGUCCCGUACUAUUAAAACCUAAGUUAUUGUUACAGCGCCUAUGGUAUCAAGGAAUGGAUUGGGACGCAAAAGUCGAUUUAGAAGCUAAAGAUGAAUUUUUAGAAUGGACACAGCAGUUGGAUCUCCUAGAUGCAAGCAAGGAUGCUUAUGUGGCAGCACUCUUUGUACAAAUAGAAUCAGAUGUGGAAACUAAAGUACAUCUUAUUGAAGCCAAAGCGAGAGUUGCACCUAAAGAAAAGAAAACUGUACCGCGCCUUGAACUGCUCGCCGCUUCUAUUGGAACAAGAAUGAUGCACUCUUACACCAAAAUCAUGGAUUAUCAAGAUGUCGAGAAAUACUUCUGGAGCGAUUUGACUACCGUUCUCACGUGGAUAAGAGGAACGAAACAAUGGGCAGGCUUUGUAUGGAAUUGCGUCCAAGAGAUCAGAGGUCUUACCGACAUCAAGUCUUGA